ACUAUCUCCGGAAAGAAGUCUACUAAGGUACCGGAAAUCCCUCGUUUCUUCAAUAAUACUACAAAAAAUAAAGUUACCUUUAACGUAUGGUACCACCAAAUGGAGAACAAGUUCUACGUCAAUACCGAUUAUUACACGGACAACCGCGCAAAAUUUAGCAAUAUCUUCAAUCGACUUGGUAGUUCGGCAGCAGAAAAUAUUUUACCCUUUCUCAACCUAACCCAUCCCAACCGAUUAAUUAUAAGCGAAUAG